AUCUCAAUCCGACACCACAGGCUGCACAAGAUGAACCAGCUCUCUCUUCUCCACCGCGCCUUCCACCUGCAUCUCCUCUCUCCCGAACGCGGUCAUGGCCUCACAGCCGCCGUCAUCCGAGUUCGACUGCCCUCCUCUCAACACACCCCACGACAGCACGCAAAGCGCCUCCUCGCAGUAGCACCUCACGAAAGCAUCGCGGCAGCCACGGAGGAGAGCAGCCGUCCGCGUCAAGAGCUCGCGGCGGCGGGCAAUAAGAACGACGGCGGCGGCGGCGGCGGCAGGACCUGCGCGCUGCCGACGUGGGCGCUCAUCGGCGGCAUCACGGCGGGGGUGGCCGUGGCGCUGGCCCUGUCCGCGGGGGCCGGCCCCGCCCUGGCGCUGGGGCCGGAGGGCCCCCUGGUGGAGGAGUUCUGGGACAACAUGCGGCGUUACGCGCUGUACGUGGUGACGGUGAGCACAGGGGUGGCGUAUACGGUGCUGCAGCCCAUAGUGGAGCUGCUCAAGAACCCCAUCACGGCGCUGCUCAUCGUGGCCGUCCUCGCCGGCAGCGGCUUCCUCGUCUCGCAGGUGCUCAAUGCCAUGGUCGGCAACUCCGACUUCAUCUACAUGUACGAGUAGGUAGAGCAGGCCGGCCAGGGGAUGGCGAGCUUGUGGCGCUGAGGCAGCCACGGCCCACCGUGCGCCCGCGAAUUAAUGGAGAUGGAUGCAAGUGUGACGUGUCAGCGAAUCAUUGGCACUUAUAUCAUUUUUUCGAAACAUUAGCGAUGGUUCUGAUGAUGGAGCUAUAUACAUGUAUAGAUGGUAUUCGAUCGUGUACUCAAGUUUGCUUACCUUGAACACGGCUUCGUUUUCCAGUUAGAACA